UAUUAUUUUUGUGGUAAAAAUCACCGAUCCGCGCGUCCGUCGAUAACCGCAGUUACCGCGUUUCUCGAGUAACCGCAGUGUCGCGCCCCGUCUUCGCGGCCGCGUCCGUUUAUCGUUUGGACGCACCAUGUACGGCUAAGGCGCAAAUGGCCGCCGGGUGGCCGACCCUAGCCGUCGUCUUUCUGCUGGCGUGCCUCCUGUUGCCGACCGGCGGCGGCGGCGUUCGACCGCGGGACGACGACGGUCAGCAGCAACAACCCUCGUGGUGCCAGAGACAAGAGUGCAAGUGCGAUUGGGACAACGAGGACCGCGUUACCGUCAAGUGCACGUUUUCCGGCGAAAAGAACGAAAUAUGGGAACCGGACAAGAACCUGAGCAAAUCGUUGGUGGUGUUAGAUUUGAACAGCGAUGGCCGAUGUAAUCUAACGGUCAGCUAUAAGACAUUGGCGGCAUUCGUUGGCCUUCGGUCAUUUAACGUGACCGGGUUCGACCAGGUAAUAAUCCGAUCGCAAGGCAUACUUGCCAAAAAUGCUCGAACAAACUUUACCGUGACCAUCAGCCAUGUACGUCAGCUGUUCCUGGACACGAAUGCGUUUCAUCCGUACGUUGGCACGGUGGACGUACUGGUGGAAGACUGCGAUGUGGUCCGACUGGGCAGCGAGGUGGUGUUCAAGCUCCAAUCGUUCGUGUUCCGCCGAAUAGGCAUACUGGACUUGUCCAAGAAUACGUUCAAGAACGCGGCAACAGGUUCAUCAAUUAAAAAGAUGAUAUUGGAAGAUCUAACCGCCAAUAGAUUACCAUCAUACGCGUUCUAUACAUCUAUCGAUGUUCUAUCAAUCACUAACUGCAAGUUUGAUACAAUCGAACGAAAAGCAUUUCCGCUCAAUGAUAUUGGAAACGUGACGCUGACCAACGUCACUGUGAACCUGGUGGAAAGCGAAGCGUUCCAAAACUCGGCACUGAUCAACAACCUAAGAAUGACAAGAUGCAUCAUCCACGAAAUGCAGAACGAUGCUAUCAUGUCCGCCGUGCAGAAUAUUAUCAUCGAAGAGUCCGAGUUCGAAUUGAUGAGGACCUCUGCCGUGACGAUGGCCACAAAGCUGACGUUGUAUAACAACACUUUCAAGCGAGUGGACGGCCGCUGUUUCGUGUUGCACAACUUACACACAGUGCUGGUGCACGGUAACACAUUCAAUCACACCGAAGCCGAAGCAUUUUACGAGUCGACCGCGUCCAGCCCGGAAACGAGAUCGAGUACGAGGUCGGUGUUGCACAUCAGCGACAACAAUUUUCUGCGAUCCGUGGCUGACGGCAAAUGGUUGCCCGCUAUCCAACUACAGAGGGCCGCGUUCGAGAUGAACAUCACCGGAAAUACGUUCAACGGGUCGUGUGGCUGCGCCCCGUGGAAGUUUGUUGCCGUUACCGUGGUCAGCAACGAUAACGGUUCGAUGACCGACAACGAUAAUGGAGACACCGACUUUGCCGACCGGAACUAUUACAGGGUGAACAAGGUAGAAGCAGAAUGCGCCAACCUGACAGGUGCAGAGAUCGACCACCUACGAAUCGCACAGUUCGAGGAGGCAGCUGGAUGCGACCUAGACGACGGAGCCGCGUUCGACCUGUGUGUCCGGGAUCGGGUGACCGCGGCCCAGGUCAGGGGCGUUGGUAAAUUCCCGUCGCUAGGCGACGUCUUAUCGCCGACCGCGGAGCGCGGAGUCAUCACCACGGUGGUACUGUUGGUGUUGUGCGGUUUCGGCGCUGUGUGCGCAGUAAGCGCAGUCACCUGGCUAAACGCACGGGGUUACUUCAUCAAACUCCGGUCACUUCUCACACCAAACGGCGGCGUUGGCGGUGGCGGCGGCGGUACGACGUGCAGGACCAUGUCAGCACACUCUUUGUCCCGGGUGUCUGUGCACGAGUACGCAGAACUGCAACGGCUCAAGUUAGGCGGCGGCGGCAUCGGAAGUCGCGGCAGCGAUGUGGGUGCCGUGCGGGUUAUCAUAUACCAGGAUAAGGGAACACAGACGGUACCGGAAGAACUGACGCACGAAAUGUUGCAGAACCUACGCGACAAGCUGGACGAUCCGGACGAUUAUGCAGAAGCACGGGGCAUAAUCGAACACCUGUACGACCUGAUUCGGGUGGAGGAGACCUGCUGCGGCAGUGGCGGUGGAGGCGGUGGUUGGUACUCGACGGACGGAAGGGGACUGGACGAUAUGACAUCCACCGUCACGACUAAGUCUGUAACCGUAGAUGAAGGACCACCGCGGGACGUGAAGUCUGUGGGCACGGGUGCCCCAUCCCUGGACAGACUCAGGACGCCCAGGAUCAAGAUGAUCGGGUCGACCGGGGCGUCAACCGUAGCCACAGGAUAUCACCACACUCGCCGGCCGCAGCCGCCACCUUCCCCGUCGCCGUCGGUUGAUAGCGAUUACGUAGACCCGGUUGACUUAUUGUACGGAGGCGCUGCAAAUGUGAGAGACGACGAGUCAUACGCUGACAUCUACUGCGAACUGACCGACCUGAGAUCGACCGCUGAAGACCGUCCGCCGCAGCAACCGCCACCGGUACCCGAAAAACCGACUGCUAUUUAAAAGCGGCAGUGCUACCAAUCACACUAUCCACAUAGUCGUGACGGCCAUCAACUAUUAUUAUUCCUAUCGAUCGAUUUCGCGAGCGCUGUUAUUUUUUCCAAAUUUCUGUACAAGCGAUCUACAUACGAUAACAUUAUUUUUCAUCGAUCGCAUUUUUUAAAAUAUAUAUAUAUAUAUAUAAAUAUUUUUUAUUAACCUUGGUACAGUAACUACAAACCAUCCGCCUGCUACCCACAUAGGAAUUAUACACGACGAGAAACGCGUUAUAUUUUGUAAAAACCUAUUAUUAUUAAUAUUAUACUGUCAUUAUAAUUAUUGCUAUUAUUAUUAUUACUAUUAGUGCGUCCACAAUUUAUUUAUAUAUGUGUUUAAUAUAUUUAAGAUUACAUCACAAUAUUUUCUAUGUGAUGCUUAUUAUUCUAUCUUGUUUUAGUUUUAUUUUAUUGUUGUUUUUACGUGUUAUUUAAUAUAUUACACUGAAUAGUUUUUUUUUUUUUUUUUAUCGUGAAUCAAGCAACAUAUUUAGGAAACAUUAGGAUUCAAUAAUUUUUUUUAAUCUUAUCAUAAAAAUUACAAAAUUAUAGUGAUUAGAAAAAUGUAAAAUAGUAUCGUUCUGAUAAAGUUGAAUAAAAUAUUGUUAAAACACCUCAUUUUUCUUUCCUCGCCCGUCCCAAUCACAAUAUUGCAUAGGUCACGAUAAAAAAAAAAAAGUCAUCAUGUAUAAUAUAUAAUGUAUUAUGUAUAAAUAAUAAAUGUGUACAUUAAAUAUU